UCCCUCCCCAUAGAAACGGUUACUCGUUUGCUGACUGGUGAGUAUUAUGCCAGCUACGUGUAGGUUGCGUGGUGCGUAUGCUUGUAGCGGAUCAGGAAAAAGGGUACUCAACAGCAUGGGUUCUAAAGCACAGAGGAACAGAGAUGGUGCAGUGUCUCGGAGAGCACCAGUAAAGAGGGCCCAGCUGGAGGAAAAACCUGAACAUGCAGAAGUUAAGAAAAUUCGAGUUUCCCACCCUUCUCACAGAACAGUUCCUGGUAUUGUGCUCACACUUGGACAGGGAGAUGUGGGACAGUUGGGCCUUGGAGAAAGCAUCAUGGAGCGGAAAAAACCUGCCUUAGUUAAUCUACCUGAGAAGAUUGUUGAGGCUAUCGCAGGAGGAAUGCACACUGUAUGCUUGAGUGCAACUGGAGGUAACGACCAUCUAGUAAUGUUGACUGUUGAUGGUGAUCUUUACACUUGUGGUUGUGGAGAGCAAGGGCAGCUGGGAAGAGUUCCAGAACGCUUUACUAGCAGAGGUGGACGACAAGGACUUGAACGGUUGUUGGUGCCACAGUGUAUACAUGUAAAAGGUAAAGGAAGUAGUAGAGUACGAUUCAAGGAUGUUUUCUGUGGUGCCUACUUUACCUUUGCUAUAUCUCAGGAUGGUCACAUUUAUGGCUUUGGAUUGUCAAACUACCAUCAGUUGGGAACUCAAAAUACCAAAUCUUGUUAUACACCUCAGAACUUGACAUCAUUUAAAAAUUCUACCAAAUCAUGGGUUGGUUUUUCUGGAGGACAGCAUCAUACUGUGUGUUUUGACUCUGAAGGUAGGUUCUUAUUUUAUCACUAUGUAUUUUCUGUCAUUCUAGGCCAUAUAUUUUCCUGGGGAAUGGGAACAAAUUACCAGCUGGGAACUGGUGAAGAAGAUGAUGUGUGGACUCCUGUAGAAAUGACUGGCAAACAACUUGAAAAUAGGACGGUCAUAUCAGUUUCCAGUGGCGGACAGCAUACAGUGCUGUUAGUUCAGGACAAUUAACAAUGACAGCUGUGCUGCGCAUUAUUCAACUUGUAACACUGACUUGGCUUUAGUAUAUCAAUAAAGCAGUGUUGUAGUCAGCAUAUCUCCUUUAUAUUCAAAUUAGCAUGGUUUGCAUGGCAAAUCAUGCAUACGUGUAAUGUUUCCCUGCUUUUCUAGGAUUGUUCUGUACAGGCUUGAUACUUCAUUGCCAGAGUAUUCUCAGUAAAAGCAGAACAUUUCUGAACAGCAGAGCAUUGAUGACUGCCAAAGUCUCAUAGGUUAAUGUUAGACCUGUUUUAAUAGUUUGGGGGGGGGGGUCUCUCAUGAAUGUAAUCAGUAUGUUUAAAAAAAGUAAAUCACUGUAUAAAACUUAAAUGCAAUACUAAAAGUGGUUGAGAUUGAAUGAAUGUGCUGGGUACCAAACUAGUAUCCUCUUUGAUUCAUAUGUUUUAUUGAAUAUAAGCUGCUGUUUCCCUUGCUCUGCUUUCGCUCUUCCAACAAAAGUGAUACGACUCAAAGGUCACACUUCAUUUUAUUAUCAUCUUCUACAUUUAGCUGGCUGUGAGGCAGAAAAAUGUUGCAAUAAGUGAUGUGAGGUAAUUAGUUUAUUUUUUUAUUGAUAUUUUAAUAAUGAGCUUUCAUUGUUUUGACAUUCUUCCCCCAAAUCCGCAGUUUGUAUUUUUUUUCGGUUCCUUCGUGGAGUAUUUUUAAGUGUCAUUUUCUUUUCAGCUUUGUAAAUGGAACUUUUUAAAAUGGCCUUUACUGGUCUUGCACACUUUUUUGGGAAUUUCACAGAGGUUGCUUUCUUCGGCUUUAACGUUCUUGAUAAGUUUACUAUAGAUAUACAUUUGUUAAAUGUUCUUUUCUGUUGAAUGUUGUAAUUGGUCAUUUCUUCUAGCCAUGUUUUACUAGGAUGCUUCCCAUGAUGGAAGGAGUAGGCAUCCUUUAUCAUUAGCAGACAUCUUUAUUCCGGAAUAAUUAAGGAUCUUUAAUUAUGACUGCCCACUGUAUAGGAGUCUGAACUUUAUUUAGAUGUCUCUUGUCAUCACCCCAUGUAUACUCUUGUCAGCAUACCAGUUAAAUUUUUAUCGUGGCAAGUAGUACUUGUAUGUGAUAGUGUCUGUCAGCUUGCCUAAGUUAUGCCAUUGCUCAGUUUGUGGUUCCAUGAACAACUGCAGAUUCUUUCAAUUUGUUCACUCCUAAACUCCGGGUGGGUUAACAUUACUUUUUAAAUCUUAGUCGGAGCAUUUCCCACUUGUAGUUGAGGGAUUGCAUUCCUUUGUGAAAUCCUCAUAUUAAACAGUUGUUAAUUUACAAUGCCGAUGAGUAUUUUUUUUAGAAAUCAGAUGUACAUCGGAGCUGGUUACUUCAGUUCAGUGUGCUGCAAAACUAAUAAUAAAGGCUAUUUUUGAGUA